AUGGCAUCUGUCAAGCAUGAUCCUAGGUCACCCCUCUUUGACCCAGUCCAGACCAAGAAACAUCCUCCUGGUAGCUGCAAUCAGAACUCCUCCACAAUCAAACAUACAUCACCAAGCAUCGAGAGCGUUUUCAGCAGAUUCUCCAUCAGCGGUCACAGCUAUCAAUGGUCAGAGCUCCAUCCAUCAUUGCGUCUAUUCUUCCAUGACCCUCCCGAUCCAACAGACACAGACAACUGGCUGUCCAGAGCAUGGCGUAAAGUUGUCUACGAUGGGCCCGGAGAUCGAGGUCAGGCUCCCUCCAAGGUCAUGCCUUUGGGUCACCUGGUGGUCAAUAGUCCACACUGCUGCUCGGACUAUUACAACGCAUCUAGCGCUGCUAUUGACGAGCUGUGUGGACGAGACAUCCCAACCUGGUUUUCUAUGGUCGUUGAAGUAGGCAAUCCCGAUAUGCCUGUAUGGAUGAUGCGAGACCUGGCGAGUGUGAAUUGGCAGCUCAAGGCAGAUAAGAACAAGCCUCACGGUCGUCCCCAAGAGCAAGUCACCCUUCUGGAAGAAGACAAAGAUAGAGCAUACGUCGACAAGGCCACCCUGGAGCGCUAUUCUCUACGGCCACGGUAUGAGAGCCGCAUGCCAGAGCUAGCUGAGGUCCUUUCCAAGGCUGGCGGCGGUGUUGACAGCUCCGAGGUUGACCUCGUUCGGCUGUUCGCUCGUCUGUCUGACUGGGACUUCGGCGCCAACAAUCCCACACAUCUUGAUGUCUACACCCGAACCUCACCUCGACUGUGCAAUCCGACCACGAGACAGCUCCAAGAGACAAAGACUAAAUAUCGUCAGCUCAUGGGCACCUGGUCUGCGCAUAAGUCAGAGGAUUGA